CUUCCGUCUGUGGCCAAUCGGGUGCGCGGCUGCGGGGGAGGUAGUGCUCCACGCGCGUGAGGCGGGCAAGCGUCCUGGGAGCCAUGGAGCAGGAGCAACAGCAGCAACAGCAGCAACAGCAGCAAGGGGAGGCAGCGUCUUCCAUUUGCAACAAAACUUCAUCUUUGGAGAAGGCGGAGGUGGAAGGUGAGGAGGAGGAGGAGGAAGAAGAGGAGGAUGAUGACUUGGACAUGUUUGGAGGCUAUGACAGCUUCCGGAGCUACAACAGCAGCAUGGGCAGUGACAGCAGCUCCUGCCUGGAAGAGUCUAGUGAUGAUGAGGUGGCAGAUCGGGAAGUCAGAGGUCUUCCACUCUCCCCUGUGCACCAGCCACCCACAAGCCGGAUCACAGAAGACAGCGGCUCUGAGCCAGGUAGUGCCCGUUCUCCUGUGUAUGAUGCUGUGUGCGAGAUGUGUGGGAUUGUGGGAACCAGGGAGGCUUUUUUCUCCAAGACCAAACGUUUCUGCAGUGUAUCAUGCUCUAGAAGCUAUUCAUCCAACUCCAAGAAGGCCAGCAUUCUGGCCAGACUGCAGGGGAAGCCACCAACAAAGAAAGCUAAAGUCCUGCACAAGGCAGCCUGGUCUGCCAAGAUCGGGGCCUUCCUCCAUUCACAGGGCACGGGGCAGCUCGCAGAUGGGACUCUGACAGGCCAGGACGCACUAGUCCUGGGCUUUGACUGGGGAAAGUACCUGCAGGAACAUGGCUUCAAGGCAGCUCCAGUCAGCUGCUUCAAACACGUGCCGCUCUUCGAUCAGUGGGAUGACGUGGUGAAAGGUAUGAAAGUGGAGGUGCUGAACAAUGAUGCCGUGCUUCCCAGCCGAGUGUACUGGAUUGCAUCAGUCAUCCAGACUGUAGGGUACAGGGCCCUUUUGCGAUAUGAGGGCUUUGAGAAUGAUGAUGGCCAUGACUUCUGGUGCAAUUUAGGUGCAGUGGAUAUUCAUCCCAUCGGCUGGUGUGCCGUCAACAGCAAAAUCCUGGUGCCACCACAAACUAUCCAUGCCAAGUACACUGACUGGAGAAGCUACCUCAUGAAAAAAUUGGUGGGAGCCAGGACCAUCCCAGUGGACUUCCACAUCAAGAUGGCAGAGAGCAUGAAGUACCCAUUCCGGCAGGGCAUGCGGGUGGAGGUGGUAGAUAAGAACCGUGUGUCUCAGACACGCAUGGCAGUGGUGGACACUGUUAUCGGGGGUCGGCUGAGACUCCUCUAUGAAGAUGGUGACAGCGAUUAUGACUUCUGGUGCCACAUGUGGAGUCCCCUCAUCCAUCCUGUGGGCUGGUCACGGAGAGUGGGCCACAGCAUGAAGAAGACAGAAGAGAAGCGCAUUGACUUGGCAAACCACCCCACCUUCCGAAAGAUUUACUGCGAUGCUGUUCCCAGUCUGUUCAAGAAGGUUCGUGCUGUAUAUGCUGAAGGUGGAUGGUUUGAGGAAGGCAUGAAACUGGAGGCCAUUGACCCUCUGAAUCUGGGCAACAUUUGUGUGGCCACUGUUUGCAAGGUGCUCCUGGAUGGAUACCUCAUGAUCAGCAUUGAUGGAGCCACGUCUGACGGUGGCUCUGACUGGUUCUGCUAUCAUGCUUCCUCACAUGCCAUCUUUCCUGUCAACUUCUGUCAAAAGAACAACAUUAGUCUGACCCCUCCGAAAGGGCAUGAUGCAAAGACCUUCAACUGGGAAAGUUACCUGGAAAUGACAAAAUCAAGAUCUGUUCCAGCACGGCUCUUCAACACUGACUGCCCAAACCACGGCUUCAAGGCAGGCAUGAAGGUGGAAGCAGUGGACCUGAUGGAACCCCGGCUAAUAUGCGUGGCCACAGUGAAGCGUGUAGUGCACCGUCUCCUCAGCAUCCAUUUUGAUGGCUGGGACAAUGAGUAUGACCAGUGGGUGGACUGUGAAUCUCCAGACAUCUAUCCUGUGGGGUGGUGCGAGCUGACAGGUUACCAGCUUCAGCCGCCUGUUGUUCCAGAGCUCACAACUCCAGCGAAGGCCAAGGAGGUGCCCAAGAAGAGGAAGAAACCCUAUGGAAAGAAGAGAAAAAAGUUACCUGCCAAAACCCACACCAUCAAGCAGACAGUCAAGAAGCCUCCCGCAUCACGGAUAAAAAGAGAAGCAAAAGCUUCCAGCAAAGCUUUGCCAGAUCUGGCACCUGAUGAGAUCAUUGCCGUGCAGGUGAAAGAAGAAACCAUCGACCCCUCAGAGGCAGUGUUUGAUACUACAGAGCUUCCCGUUCCUAUCAGCAGCAUAAAGCAGGAAGACACAGACUGACCUUGGAGCGUCCUGCGGUUGCCUCGCCUCAAUUGUGGCCCUCUGGGAAAGGUCCUGUCAGUGGGAAGUAGAAGACUUAGAGGGGCCUUCUCUUGUGGCAGGUCACCCUGCAUCAUCACAUCUCUGCUUUCUUGGUGAGCAGGAAGGUUGCCCCUAGGCCUGCAACUUUAAGCCUUAGCAAAUAGACUCCAGAAAAGCCCCAGGCUUGCAGAGGAGCGCGAAUAGGGUGGGUGCUGCGUGCAGCAGUUUGUUCCCAGCCCCAGAGGCGUCUUUCUGAGCUGAAACCCCUGAUGGGGAAAGGCUGCCAAAGGGCAGUCUGGGCUCUCAGCUGCGGCUGGAGGUGUCAAACUUGUGAUGUGAGAUGAUGUGUGCGGGUCACAUGUGUCAGGGAAUGGGCUGCCAUGCUGUGCUCCCUGGGUGCAGCUGCUGCCUUCGGGAAGGGCAGGAGAGGAAGAGUGGAAGGGGUGAAAAAUGGAAGAGAAAGGACAAUGCCUCUUGAGUGAGCAAGAGACCUUGUUGUGUAUCAUCACUUCUUGCUUUGGAACCCAGAACUGCAGCGUGCGUGGUGCACAGUUUGAGGUUUUUAUUUUUUAGUAGUCCUACUGUAAAUCUUGAUCAACAAUCUGUAUCCUGAGGCCCUAUGGAUUAAAUGAAGGAAGAAGUCA